UUUCAGUCUGCUGUUACCUGGCAAACGUUGCUUCUUCUUCACUGAGGUUUCACCCACAUUCUCGGCGGAUACAAAUGCUUUGCUUCCGAAGUUCUUUUCCACUCUGUUCCGUAUGACUCUGCAAGAUGCAAGAAACAAGGAUUCACGGCGGUUCUUCUAAGCCUUCGAGCUGAUGAGUUGCCUAUCUCACACCCGGUAAGAGCAUCGAUUCUUCUCCCUGGGAUUUGUCGCUGUCCCUCCCUUUAUGAGCCGAUUGACGUUUGAGUCGUGACUGUGUCGCAGCGGAAACCGCUUGGUCUCCAACGAAAGGAUUCUCUCUCGUUACGUCUCGACCGUACUGAAAGUGGAACUGCAAGUUUGAAUCGCGUCCACCCUCUCGGUGAAGAGACACUCUUUGCACCUGUCCCAAAUGGACGCCCAAGAGGUCUCUGUGCCUCAUCUCCCGCAGCGUUUUCAUGUCCUUCUGUCGCAGUCUGAGAACCUCAGCAGCAACGAAGUCGCACAGCUUCGCUCGACUUGGAAACUCAACUGGAGGGACGCGACAUACAGAUGGUUGAGUCUGUCUUGUCACGACAUCUUCCCUUCUCUCCCUCUUCCUCUGCGUCGCGUUCCUCUCUCUCUCUCUCGCCGGCGCCCCAUCGCUCUUCUCUCUGCCUGUAUCAGGAGGCGAAGCAAGCGAGUCCACGAGAGGACCGAGACCUCGAGGUGUACAGGCACCCGGCGGACUGCUUCCGGAGGCCGAUUCUGCAUGACCUCCUGAACGAUCCGCUGCUCGUUUCCCUUCUCGUUUCGUUUCUUCCUUCGAGCGCAGAUGUCCGAGCGCUCCUCGUCGCCUCUCUUCCUCCCUCUUUGUCUUCGAAUGAAAGCCAAGAUGGAAGUCUCUCACUCUCGUCUGCACAGACUUCGAGUCAAGCGUCGCCAGGCCAUGUGGAGUCUCCCCACCUAGCUGCUGAACCGUGUGAAUCCGCUGCAAGCGACAAGUCUCCGACUUGUUUAAACAAAGAGCGUGAGGACUCGCAGCUUUUGUCGCUCUGUGACAUCUCGUCUGCCACCGAAGCCCGGACUCUGCAUGCAGAGAAGAAGCGUCUGCAAGAUGAAGAAGCUCUCGACGACAGAGAGAGAAGCCUUCGGCACAUCCGCAGCGGCUCUCGUCCCGACUCGUUUUCUCCUUCUUCUUCCUCUUCUUCUUUCUCUUCUUCUUUCUCUUCUUCUUUCUCUCGGUCUUUCGUCAGACUCUCUCCGGGCACUGUAGCUUGUUUCUACCACUCGCUCUGCAUGCGGAGCGCAGGCUUUAAAGAGCGCGCGUCUGCCUCGCCGCGUCACGGGCAGGAAAAGCUGCUGCGUCUUCAGCCUGCCCGUGGAUCUUCUGCCUUUUCGCAGGAAGGCGGGUGUCUCCACGCCCUCGCCCUCCAUCGAGGCGACGAAAUAACGAGUGCUCGCCAUUGGAGAGAGGUAUACUUUUCUCGCGUUCACGGUGUCUCUUGCGAGGACUGUGGCGCAGAGCUUUGCCAGAGCAAUUCAGGCGAACAGAAUGCGCCAGAAAGGGGCGAACAGAAUGCGCCAGAAAGGGGCGAACAGAAUGCGCCAGAAAGGGGCGAACAGACUCCAGUGAGGGCCGAAGGCGCAGGAGACACCCCUGCCCCACAGAGCGGUUCCUCGACCUCUCUCGAACUCGCUUUAAUACCCAGUGAGACGCAUGCAGAGGCGCCUGCGUCAGGGUCUGCUUCCUCCGAGGCAAGGGGGCCUGUCUGUGGAGCGUUUCUGUCUUUACAAAGCUCGGUUGCCUUGCCGUCGCCUUCUUCGAAGUGUAUCCAUCUGUGUGAGGACUGCCGACAGACGCUGUUGCCCCGCAGAGAAGUCGCGUACACUGUAGCGCGCAUCCUCGCGGACGUGGACAUGCUUGUCCGCAACGAGAUGCAUGCGAAUGAGAGGGGAGGCGCGAGAGAAGGAAGCCGAAAGCGGAGGCGAGAGGACUUGGAGAGAGGAGCAGGAGGUCGACAGUCAGUCGACGGGGAGGUCAGGCGCCUGCCGAGUCGAAGGGAAGUAGAGAGAGGAGGUGCCGACGCGCAAGAGGCUGCGCCGAGGUACAUCCAGAAGGCGGGAGCGGGGGUCAUGAAGUUGGCUGACGACCCAAAGUCUUGUUCUUGGUCUCACAAGACUCGCAACUUGCUCUCGCAGUCGGUGGGAGAAACUGUGGCCGACUUGUUCCUUCACGGAGGCCUUUUUGUGGCGAAACGGAAAUUUCGAAAACUGGUGAAGCUACACAAACAAUUGGUUGCCGCUCUGCUGCAUGCGCUGCGCCGGCAGAUUCGCCAGGAGCUCCUUCAGGCGGUUGGAUUCGACUUUUUUCGUCGCGUUCUCGCGCCGCUCCUGGAGAAUCCGUCUGCCUGUUUCCAGGCGUCCACGGAGAGCCUGGAGACCGUGAAGGAGAGAGCUGCAGCGAGGAGAACUCGACGAGAAGCCAGCACAAGAUGCGGAGGAAAGGCGCUAGGGUGGAGGAGCUCCAUGGGAAAGGAGAGAGAACUGGAGCGAGACACACACCAAGGUAAUGCGCCAUUCAGCGACGAGUUCCGCGUCCUCUUCCACUUCUCAGAAAGCGAAAAGCAAGACCUGAAUCUGCUCCUCCACCGCUGCUUCCGCGGACUGGCCAAACCGGCAGUAUCUAUACUGCACAACACCCUCGGGCCGGUCGACGCGGAGGCGGCUGGCGACUCCGAACAGAAGUUUCAGGAAGCUGGGGACGAUUUGUGGGAGAUGAAUGCGAGUGCCACUGCAGGAGUCAAGAACAUCUACGCUACGCAAACUUCCUUCCUGCUUCUCGUCAAACGGUUCCACCGCCUCCUGGAACACCCGGAUCUGCCGCUGCUGCAUGCCCUGUACGUACAGCGCGUCCAGACGGUCGACCUCAUUCCUCUGCCCGUUUCGGCUUCGCGCCGUUCUCUCUCUCCUUCUCACAGCGUGUCUCCAGCAUCUCUCGUCUCCUGGGAAGAAGCGCAGGGAGACAACGGGAGAGAGACAGAGGACCAGAAGAAAGCCGGCUGCGAGAGAGAAGAAGGACGCGGCAUUCAGCGAGACUGCAGGUCGGGCGUCUUCUUCACGACUUUGGAAGGACGGACGUUGACCGGACUGUGGUCCAGAAGAAAGGACGACGUCGAGCUCGUCUGCUGCUGGCGCGUCCUCGAGUGUAUCUGCGCCUUUCUCUUCGACCGCAGGAGCAGAAAGCCUGUUCGCUGUCACAGGAGAACUCUGGAGGCGCGCCAGCUGAUCGACCAGCUGUAUCGCCUGGUCCAGCACCCCACAGCGGAGACAGAGAGUCUCUUCUCGCCCUUUGUCUCCGUGGGAGAGUCCCGAAGCGGGCAGCUUCUGCUGUCUGAAGAAAACGAGGCAGACACCACUGGACUGAGACUCCACUGAACUGAAGUUUCAACUCGUUUCCUCCGUGCAGUGUUUCCACGUUUCUCUUCGGUUCCUAGAAGAAGCUUCUUUUCCACCGCGUUUCCUCUUCGCACAGAAAGUUGAUGUCCGCAAAAGUCUUCAAAGGCGGACAGCGUCUCCUCCCGUCAGUCUCCCUUCCGUGUCGAGGGCCGAUGCAUUCGUCUUCGAAGGAGUCGCACUGCUGGACAGAGGUUCGGCUUCUCUUCGUUUUUCAAUUCGCCUUCUUUGUGAGGCACACAAGUCUCCUACAUUUCCUACGUCCACAGCGCGAGGAAAAACGAGCGUUGACGUUUUUCAGUCUGGUCAAUUCACAGCCCCCCUCUCACUGCCACAGCCCCCGCUUUUCAGCGUAACUUUGCUCACUCUGUCAAUUCCUUUCCUUGCAGUGACCUCAAUCUACAGUAAUCUUUCUCUAUCAACAUGCGUGUAGAUAUGGAUUUUCUAAUGACAACAGAGAAUGGCUGCUUUAGAAUGCGGCACAGAGUCUCUCCUCUCCAUUGAAAGCAAUCACCCUCUCUCUCUCUCUCUAUAUAUAUAUAUAUAUAUAUAGAUAGACAUAGUGAUUUUUAUGCGUCAGAUCCGGAGGAAGGUU